AUGCGUAAAUAUUUGCGACACCUCAUAGCAGCGGAACUCUUCGGCAAGGUCGAGUCCGCUAUGAUUCUACAGAAAACCUUAGACUUGUAUAUUACACUCUGCGACCGCGGCUGGGAACGGUACCCGCUGGCUUGCAGUAAAUCUCUAUCUCAUUAUUCAGUGUUAUACCCGUUGAGCCCGGUGUAUCAGCUCAAGUGUCAGUUAUUAUUAGUAGCGCUGGAGUGUCAUGUGGUGUCAUUGUCUGUGGGACGCAACUUCCUAACUGCGAACUUCUUCAAGAACUUUAUUUUCGGGUAUGUGAAGAAGUAUAAGUCGAAGGACGUGACGGUGCACCUGGACAAGUUUUUCGAACGGUUGAAGAUUCGCGUUUUGUCCGAAUUUAUUCGAUUGCGAUUGCACAAGAGCACUGAGGCGCCGAGCGGAAAUCAGCCGCCGCCUGCGACGGCGGAGGAGCCGGUGGUGAAUGUGCGCGAGUUGGAUGACAACUUGGUACCGGAGCAAUUGCAGUUACAUCCGUACCGCGGGCACCCGACGUUGGACGUGGAGGAAUUCGUGUCGGACCUGGAGGGAUUCGAACGCGCGUACGUUGGCGGCGUCGGUUGCGGCUUGGUCAUUGUGGCGCUAUGGUACGAGUUGCAGCGCAAGACGGGGCAAUUGGAGGUGGUGAAGUUGCGGUUGGACGAGCACGCGUUGUCUGCGCCCAAGUUGAUUGACAACAACAUGUUUAGUUACUACUUUCCAGCAGUGGGAGCUGUGCCUGCUAUCAUCACGGCGUUGCUGAACGGCCCGCAGUGGAUGAACCUCGGACCAAGUGACGAGGGAGAUGCGCGUUCGGAGGUGCGUAAGGCGCUGUUGCAGAGCUCGAACGUGUCGCAGUUCCUGGACCAGCUUGGCUUCGACGUCGCAGCGAUGCGGGGCAACCCGGUAGAGUUGAUUGUCAAGGACAACAAACUGGCCGUCGGCUACGGCUACGUGGGCAAUGCACCGCUCCCGCUCUACGGAGGGCGCGGCACGCUCUUCACUUCCUUACACAAGCAAGCCACGGCCAGUUGGGCGGCGCUCACACCAGAACAGCGCGCGGCCAUGGCCUCAGACAGCAGCAACAUGGAGCAGCUGGUUGCCAGUACGCCCACAGCGCAUCGUGUGCAGGUUGCGGCUCUGGGAGGUGCCGUGGCGGAGUGGGUUGUAAAUGUGAUUUGUUGGCACGCGCUGAAACAGUGCGUGACGCUUUCCGAAUUUGUCCCCAAAGUUAAGUACCAUAAGACGCCCGUAAGUAAGGAUCACGCCGUUUGCAACGUGUGGCUGGACAGUCUGAAGAAAGAAAGCCUCCGCGCCGACCUAUUGCGGCUACCUUUCACCUCCAAACUGCCCGAAUCGGGUACCGUCGGCUGUGUGUGGCCAGCCAAGCUGCUGAUGCGCACCUACGAAGACGCGGCGGUUUGCGAAGACGUUGUCGCCAUAAAGCCCAAUGCCCACGCCGUCUCCUUCGUCACGCUGCGGGACCAGAGCGUGACGAAGAAGACAAGCAUGACGCUACCGCGUGUCCUCGGCGUUACUGUGCCUUCACAGCGCGUGUUCGCUAACGGCGAAAACUGCAAACUGCUCGGAACGGCCUUCGGUCACGAAGAUUUGUUGUUGCUUUCCAGCGCUUGCAGCGACACGGUGCGCAAUCAGUUCGCGCCGACAACGAAGCAGCCCACUGCGGAACCCGCUCCGGUCCCCACCGACUCAGGCGACAGCCAGAACGCCCGGGCCACUCCCAUGCUGUGGAUACGGCCCUCGGAAGACUCCUUUUUCAUCGGGCGGCUGCAGCGCUUCCAGAGUCUUGCGAUGUGGAUGAACCAACUCGCGCGCGACACGUGUGUGCGCGCGCAGCUGGAGGCAGCCAAGGCGCUCUCCGCGCUUGCCGCGGAGCACGUAAGCGCCUUCGACACUCUGGUCUCAGCCGCCUUCAACGUCCGCCUACACCCAAAUGUGCGCAAGGUCUGCGUGCAUGGCAUUGCGAACGCAGUCGGGAGUGUAAUUGCCAACGACCAUGUUGAGAAAGUUAUCGUUGGGAGACUGCUCCCCCUCUUUCAGGAAAGUAUGUGUCCCGGCCUCAUCAAUAACGAUCCCAUGCCGCCGGUCUACAGUUCUUUGGCUUUCGAGCAACUGCGCGACUUGUACACUGUUGUCAGUCAACUACGGAAUAAUGUUAACGAGACGCCGUCUUCCGUCUGGGACUUUUACAUCCACUGUCUCUCGCGCUGGCCCUUCCCCGUGGACGUGCGGCUGGGAACGCAGUUCAGUUGCGAAACGUUUGCACCCGCCACACUUGACGAAACGCUGCCACUGCACAUGUUGGUCGCCGAGCUGAUUGCCUCGUUGCCGAACCUGACGUUUCCGGCGCCGCCUGAGAACUCGGCGCUCUUCAACAUCCGCUCGUGGUGCGACAGCCGGACGCACCAGAUCUUUCUGUCGGUAUACACGCGUGCGGAAAUGGAGAAGAAACUGCCUACGGGUGAUCGCGAAGUGACCAAGGCGUACCUGGCGGCACUCAGCCGGAUCCCUGCCUUCCAGAUUCUGGCGAGAUGCAAGGCGCUGGAGCGCUCGGUGCCGUUGGACCCCCUCUUCUCCUACCUGCCCGUUUCCCGACCCGUGCCAGCUAGUCUGGCGGCGGAGCUGCCGCUGCCCGACCUGGCGACGGACAAGAACUCCUGGCUGUAUCUGCGCCGUUACCGUGACCGGGCGCUGCACCACGUGGACCCCAUGUCCCAGUGGGGCGUGGCCAUCCAGCACGUCUCGCAACAGAUCUGCAAUUCGCUCAACUACAGCGACUUCACCGUGCAGGCCAAGGCCAUGCACUGCACGCUCAGCCUCAUCCUGCAGGGCCGUCUCAUCCCGCCGCUUUGGGUCAUGGACUUUCCGACGCACACACCCCUCGCCCUGACCCAUCUAAUCGUGGAACACACACCUCUCGGCUGCAUAUGGAUCGACAACCCCGUCACUCAGGAAGCCGUCCGCCGUCUCGGCCUAGGCGUCCUCCACUGUGUUCGCCUCCUCACCGCCCUCGAAAUACUCCUCCCCUUCAGCAACGACGCUGGCCUUCUCGUCGCCUCCUGGGCCGCCUUCCUCGAGUGCCUCCAACACGCCGCACGCGACUGUCCACUCUCCCUCCUCCCCUGGGUCCUCGACACCGGCCACCUCCCGGUCGCCACUGCUGUCGCCGCCACCAAGGAAAAGAAGAAGAAAAAACCGCACGCCACCAAUCGCCAUCCUCAAGAUCGCCAUCCUCAUGACCGCCAUCCACAGGACCGACACCCCAAGGAGUUUUCUCCGGACCCGAUGGGGGGCCCCGACGUGGGCGACGAGAUGCUUCGUCGCGAAGUCAUCGUGCCCGAAUUCCAGCCACAUGGACAACCGUCGGAAGACUACACCCAUCAGAACCACCUCGCCACAGACGGCUCAUUGGACAACCCGUCGGGUGUUUUGGCCGAGGCCUCGGCCGCUUCGCCGGCGGAUGACCUGGCGAACCAGGGGGCGGGAUUUGACGAAUCCUUCGACCAGUUUGACGAGUUCGGCGGCGGCUUCCCAGGGCCUGGGUACCCGGAAGCGGGGUACCCAGCGGCCGACUACCCCGCAGCUGACUACCCGGCCGGCGAUUACCCCGAGGGCGGGUUCCCAGAAACCACGCAGCUGGACCCCACCACGACCUCUAUGGACGAUAUGCUCAUGCAGGAGCUCGGCGACGCCGUCACGGGCCAAGAAUGGGAGACUGACCUGAUGGAGAAGGAGUUUGACGAGAUUGGGGAACAUUUUUCCGCUCCCCCGGACCAACUGAACACUGGAACUGAAUUGGACGGAAUUGACGACCUAGGACUCCCAACCGACUUUGGCGACGACCUCGGCCUGCCGGACGACUUGGGAAUGUUAGACGACUUGGGCGUAUCCGAGGGUAUGCGGGUAGACGACGUAUAUAUGCAGGACGGCAUGGUGCUGGACUUGGACCAAGAGCUGGUUGCCGCGGGGUUUGACGACGGAUUUCUCGCAGACCAACCCAACCCGGUCCGCCAGAGGGGAGUGGAGGACCCGCCCGAGACAAAUUUAGAUGGGAUGGACCAAGACGGGAUGGACAACGACGGGACUGGCCAAGCCGGACCGAGAAGAGAUACGGACCGUGAGGGUGCGGACCAAGGAGUCUUUGGGGGAGACGUGGCUGGCGGUUUCGGCGACGGAGGAGGUCGUUCUGGACGACUUAUGCCGGGCUCUACGUAUCGCAGCUCGCCGUAUAAUGGGGCCGAAGGCAGUGUCCUAAUUCCUGGGUCAAUUCCUGGGCCGAGUCCUGGCUCGGUGCCAGGAUCCGUGCCUGGGUCUAUUCCGGGAUCGGGGAGUCCAUUGCAUUCGAUACCCAUGCCGCCGGACAUGGUGGGUGAGGACCACCUGGAUGGUCCCGCGGCGGAAGGUCACAAGACUUCCAAACGGAAGCGAAAGACGAAGAACGCAAUUCCGAAGGACAUCCCUAUGAUUGUGCCGGUGACGGUGGAGGUAUACGAAAUAUUGUACAAAUACCUACACGCCGUAGUACCUUCGCUCUGCGCCAUUGCCGACCGGUUGGUCUACUACGUGCGUGAGGUGGUCUACUUUCUGUACGGCAUGGGUGUUAGUCCGGCCCUAAAGACCUGCUCCGAAGACGUGGGGGCGAACAUGCAACACUUUUCGGCGACCGGCCAACAAGAGGAGCUGGUGAAACUGCAAAAAUUCAUUCUCGCCAACUAUUACUGCCUCUCCCCAGCCACCACGGCCAAUGCUGCCAGCUGCAGCAAACAGGUCAGCCGCCUCGCUCGACAAGGCCUUCCGGUCCGCGCAAUCAGCUCUUACGACCGCGUCGAAAUCACUGCCUGGGCCUACUCCAAAUUCCAGAAGCAGUGGCCCCUACCAGUCCAAAUCGACUGGAAGACCCUCGCCAAACGCAUGGUCUCCUGUCUCAUCGAACACCCCUCGGGCCACUGGUUCGUCCACCCCGUCAACGCUAAAGCAAACCCGAACUACUAUAAAAUAAUUGAUUCUCCGAUGUGGCUAUUGAAGGCCGCGCAGAAACUGAAAAACAACGAGUACAGCUCGUUCGAUGAGUGGCGCAACGACAUCUUUACGAUCUUCAGGAACUGCAGAACGUACAACGCUCCAAUGACGCUCAUCCUGUUGGACUGCGACAUUCUCCAGUCCCUCAGUUACCAGCUGCUCCACUUCGCCACCCGGCUUCUGACCAGUUCCUAG